AUGACACUUUAUUCCUCAAACUCUUUCCGUUUGAACUGUUCAAGUGCUGACUAUCAACGUAGAGCUUUGGGUAGAGGUAUAGAAUAUGGCCUAAAUCACCAUUUCCCUGGCACAGUGAGGGUAAAAAUGGAGGAAUGCAGUCCAUAUGCUACUUCUAAUUUUCGGGAUACUGAUGCAAGUCAAAAAUUCAAAGGGAAGCGGCCAAAAGAAGAAUAUAUUGAUGAGCCAUACAGCUGGAAAAUGCCAAAAGAGGAGUACGAUGACGACUCAGGCAGUUCGUUUGGGCCGGCAUGGCUUGAAGCAAUUGCCAGCUCUCGGGUGCCUGUAGCACCCAGAAAGCUCCAUCGUAAAGCAGCUCAAGCGGAUGUAUCUAGGAUGCCCAAACUGUCCAAGCCCAAUUCAUGCAGGAGUCUUGACCGAAUGGUAGCUAAAUCUCCUUAUUUCUUUUAUGGAAACGUUAUGAAUUUAUCGCACGACUCUUGGGUCAAAAUAUCACAGUUCUUGUAUGCAAUUGAGCCAGAAUUUGUAAAUACUCAGUUCUUCUCAGCCUUGAGUAGGAAAGAAGGCUAUAUACACAAUCUUCCUACUGAGAAUAGGUUUCACAUCCUUCCAAAGCCACCAAUGACCAUUGAAGAAGCAAUACCGCAUACCAAGAAAUUUUGGCCAUCAUGGGAUACAAGAAAGCAGUUGAGCUGCAUCAGUUCUGAAACUACUGGAAUCACUCAACUAUGCGAUAGGCUUGGAAGAACAUUGAUUGAUUCCAGAGGGCUGCUGUCAGUCGAGCAGCAAAGAGAUCUCCUCCAUCAGGUUCGGACCUUGAAUCUUUUGUGGGUUGCCCGUAACAAAUUGGCCCCCAUAGAGCCAGAACAUCUAGAGGUCAUUCUUGGCUACCCAUUGCAUCAUACUCGAACAGCUGCGUUCAGCCCAACAGAAAGACUUCAAUCCCUCAAACACUGCUUCCAGACAGACACACUGGGGUAUCAUCUCUCUGUGUUGAAGCAUUUAUUCCCAGAAGGGCUGACGGUGUUAUCUAUAUACAGCGGAAUUGGAGGAGCUGAAAUUUCCUUACACCAGCUUGGUAUCAAUUUGAAAGCUGUUGUCUCGGUGGAGCCUUCUGAAACAAAGCGGAGGAUUCUCAAGCAGUGGUGGCAUAAUUCUGGACAAAGUGGCGAGUUGGUGCAGGUUGAAGACAUUCAGAGACUAGCAACUAACAAACUGGAGGCUCUGUUCAAGAAGUUUGGUGCUUUUGACUUUGUCAUCUGUCAGAACCCAGAUAUUUACUCUUCAAAGAGUCCCAAUUCUGCUAUUGAUGGUGUCAGCCUUGCAGGAUUAGACUUCACGUUAUUUUAUGAGUUUGUACGUGUUUUACAACGUGUAAGGAGUACAAUGGAGAAAAACAAGUGACUUAUUUCCUUCAAUGCCCUUGUAGCUUGUACUUUACUGAUGAAGAAUGGAAUGUAAAAUGACACUUGUAUUCUCGUCUUUUAAUUAGAAUUGGAUGCUAAAAGCAAUUAAAUAUGUAUGUUGUCCAUUUCAGGGAACUCUAUCUUGAAACAUGGUCACCCUCGCCAGGGUCCAUCAAAAGUAAAGAAAUGGCAAAGGCUACAACAAUGCCAUCAAGACAACAAUAAAAGUUCUCCUCUUGUUGCCUUCAAUCUGCGAAGAUUCAUGAGCUGAAAAAAUAAUGCAACUUUUACCAUUCGCAAGGCAAAUGGAACUCUCUUUGUUUGCAAAGAGUGAUAGUUCUUUCUGUGCACAUUACCAAGGCUAAUAAGCUCUUAAUGUGAUAUAAUCAAAUUUGCUUCUGUCCAGCUGGUCAUUCUGUGAUUGUCUUUUGAACCCUGCAUUUAGUGGACAGUGAUAUAUUCCUCAUGUUUUAUGCACAUGCAUAUUCGAAGUUACUCAAAUUGUCACUCUUCCUCUCUACAUCUAUCUAUACUAAAUGUUUAAGAGAAUCCACCCAAAAAAUACAAAUUUCAUAUAACCAUGUACUCUAACGUUCGUUCAGUAAGAAGCACUCCAACCACUUGCUUUAUUACUUCAUAACGGCCAAAAACUUCGACUAGUACACCAAUGAAAAUUUUAGGUAGUGUAUAGCAAAAGUAAUAUCAACAGCUCUUGCUGAAUUUGCAGCCAGACAACUUCUCAGACUCGUACAAUAUGUGAUUUAUGAGUCCCCUCG